GUAUGAAACCUAUUACCCAGAGACAGUGAGCCUGGACUCAGACUUUGCUAUUGAACACAAACAGAAGCGAUCAGUUUGUCUACAUCUAAGAAGAAGAUUUGCCACUGAAGCCGAAUCAAUCAUGAAAAGCUCAGCAUUGAAUUUGUUGCUCUUACUGGUGGCUUUUGUGCAGCUAUUUGUAGAUGAAUCAGAGUGUUGCCUUACCAACCACUGCAAUAGGAAGAGGAUUAAUGAUUUAACUGUCCAUCUGCUUCACCCAUUAAGACCCCAGAGAAACCAGCCCACGUAUGCCGUGUGUACAGUGAAUCCAAGCAACACACUCAGAUCUGACCAACCAGCUAUAACAGGACGUGUUCUCUUCAAGCAAGACCAUCCAACCAGCACUGUGGAAGGCUUCAUCAACCUGAGCGGAUUUCUAAGGCACCAAAGUUUGCAUGCAAUUCACGUCCAUAAGUUCGGAGAUCUGACCGAUGGCUGCACCUCCACUGGUCCUCACUACAACCCCAAUGGUGUGAACCACCCACUUCACCCUGGAGAUUUCAACAAUUUUGCAACCAAAUCUGGAAAAAUUGUCCAGAGUCUCUCUAACCUCCAAGUGACGUUAUUUGGAUCUCGCUCGAUUUUGGGCCGUGCGGUGGUAGUACACGCAGGUGAGGAUGACCUCGGCACAGGUGGUAAUGAGGGAAGCCUUCUGCAUGGAAAUUCUGGAGCGAGACUGGCGUGUUGUACAAUCGGACUCAGCAAAGCUGACCUUUGGGAUGCCACUGUGCACCAAUGACCAAGUACACAAUUUGCAUGAUUGUUUUCUUAAGUGAAUAUUACAGUAAAAUUCACAAAAGUCUUAUCUGUAUAAAUUGUAUAAUUGCCAUAGUCAUACAAUUACCCAAGUCCUGUUGAAUUUCCUAUUAAAUGCAUUUUCAUUUAUCUGCA